CAGCCUGGAAGCUCAAUCAUUGUACCUUUACGCUCUCCCGAUGACCCCGCUGUGUGCCAUAUAUAUGGUACGGAAGAAGCUAUAAUGGCCUCUAUCGUCACUAUCAACAUUCAUCACGACCCACCUCGUCUUGAAGUAUCAAGGAACCAGAUUUUAACCUCAAGACAAAUUUGAAAAUCCAUCCACUAGUCACAUUGUCUAUAGACCCCUUUAAAAUGGACGCCGCAUCGUCAACAGCAGCCGAUAUGGCAACCGCUACCGUUCCAUCAGCCACUGCUUCCGCAACUUCCGUCGCAUCAAAUUUCGGCUGGCUAUCAAUAACCGAAGUCUUCUGGAUCACAGUACUCUAUGUCUGGUAUAUGUUCCUAUUCAUAGUCUGUUUCGCCAUCGUCUGUGGUGGCAUCUGGCUCGUCUGCAUGGCGGUCUUCAUGCUAUUUCAAUUCCUCGCCAAGCAUGGUCCGGGACUUUAUUCGAAUUCCAGAGAGAGGCUCGAGCAGUAUUGGGAGGCUUCGAGGGAGAGAUAUGUGAAGAGACAAAGUGGAGGACGCGGAAGGAGUGAACCGGAUGAUGUACAGAUGGAUGGGUUUGAGAUUGGGGAGGAAAAUAAGGUUAGGUCUAAGUUUGGGAAGGAGGAUGUUUGAAUGCUCAGGACGGACAAGAUAUGUUGGUAGGAGCCGUAGGAUGGGCUCCUUGUGUGAGUUUUGAAAUGGACUGCUGGACUAGGGAUUGA